AUGACUAAAUUCUACUUCUACAACCACAACAGCAGCACCUUCUACAACUGUAGCUCCUACGACCACUAUGACUGCAGCAACUACUACGACCACCACAACUGGUCCUACUGCUACAAAACCUACUACAGCUCCUUCUACAACUGUAGCCCCUACUACAGCCACAACAGCAACACCUUCGACAACCACUGCAGCUCUUACUACAACAGCUGUAGAUACUACAACAACUACAACUGGAGCACCUGCUACAGAAACUACAAUUGCACCUACUACAACCACACCUGCAGCACCUACUACAGCAAAUGCAGCUCCUACGACCACUAUGACUGCAGCAACUACUACGACAACUCUCCUACAACCACUAUGACUGCUGCAGCAACUACUAUGACAACCACAACUGCACCUACUGCUACAACCACAACUGCAGAUCCUACUACAACAUCAGUUGUAGUUUCAAGCACUGCAGCAGCUGAACCUGCAACAACUGUAGGUCCUAUUACAACAACUGUAGCUCCUAAAACAGCUACAACUGCAGCAACUACUACAACUGAAGCUAUGACAACAACCACACCUACUACGACAGCUACAACUGAAGCUCCUACGACCACUACAACAACAACUGCAGCUCCUACUACGACCACUGCAGCGCCUACUACAACUGAAGUUACGACAACAACCACACCUACUAUGACAGCUACAACUGAAGCUCCUACGACCACUACAACGACAACUGCAGCUCCUGCGACAACUGGAGCACCUACUACGACAACUACAGCACCUACUACGACCACUGCAGCGCCUACUACGACAACUGUAGCUCCCACAACAACUACUUCUGCAGCUCCUGCGACAACUGCAGUUCCUACGACAACUGCAGCUACUACGACAACUGUAGCACCUACGACAUCUGCAGCACCUACGACAACUGGAGCACCUACUACGACAACAGCAGCACCUACUACGACCACUGCAGCGCCUACUACAACUGAAGCUACGACAACAACCACACCUACUACGACAGCUACAACUGAAGCUCCUACGACCACUACAACGACAACUGCAGCUCCUGCAACAACUGGAGCACCUACUACGACAACUGCAGCACCUACUACGACCACUGCAGCGCCUACUACGACAACUGUAGCUCCCACAACAACUACUUCUGCAGCUCCUACGACAACUGCAGCUCCUGCGACAACUGCAGUUCCUACGACAACUGCAGCUACUACGACAACUGCAGCACCUACGACAACUGGAGCACCUACUACGACAACAGCAGCACCUACUACGACCACUGCAGCGCCUACUACGACAACUGUAUCUCCCACAACAACUACUUCUGCAGCUCCUACGACAACCUCAACUGCAACACCUUCUACAACUGCAGCUCCUACAACCACUAUGACUACAGAAACUUCUACGACAACCACAACUGCACCUACUGCUACAACCACAACUGCACCUACUGCUACAACCACAACUGCAGAUCCUACUACAACAUUAGUUGUAGUUUCAAGCACUGCAGCAGCUGAACCUGCAACAACUGUAGGUCCUACUACAACAACUGUAGCUCCUAAAACAGCUACAACUGCAGCAACUACUACAACUGAAGCUACGACAAUAACCACACCUUCCACUACAGCUACAACUGACGGUCCGACAACAACCACACCUACUACGACAGCUACAACUGAAGCUCCUACGACCACAACAAUGACAACUGCAGCUCCUGCGACAACUGGAGCACCUUUUACGACAACUGCAGCACCUACUACGACCACUGCAUCGCCUACUAUGACAACUGUAGCUCCCACAACAACUACUUCUGCAGCUCCUACGACAACUGCAGCUACUACGACAACUGCAGCACCUACGACAACUGGAGCACCUACUACGACAACAGCAGCACCUACUACAACCACUGCAGCGCCUACUACAACUGAAGCUACGACAACAACCACACCUACUACGACAGCUACAACUGAAGCUCCAACGACCACUACAACGACAACUGCAGCUCCUGCGACAACUGGAGCACCUACUACGACAACUGCAGCACCUACUACGACCACUGAAGCGCCUACUUCAACUGAAGCUACGACAACAACCACACCUACAACGACAACUGCAGCUCCUGCGACAACUGGAGCACCUACUACGACAACUGCAGCACCUACUAUGACCACUGCAGCGCCUACUACGACAACUGUAGCUCCAACAACAACUACUUCUGCAGCUCCUACGACAACCUCAACUGCAACACCUUCUACAACUGCAGCUCCUACAACCACUAUGACUGCUGCAGCAACUACUACGACAACCACAACUGCACCUACUGCUACAACCACAACUGCAGAUCCUACUACAACAUCAGUUGUAGUUUCAAGCACUGCAGCAGCUGAACCUGCAACAACUGUAGGUCCUACUACAACAACUGUAGCUCCUAAAACAGCUACAAUAACUGCUACAACUGAACAACACCUAACCUACUACAGCUCCUUCUACAACUGUAGCCCCUACUACAGCCACAACAGCAACACCUUCGACAACCACUGCAGCUCUUACUACAACAGCUGUAGAUACUACAACAACUACAACUGGAGCACCUGCUACAGAAACUACAAUUGCACCUACUACAACCACACCUGCAGCACCUACUACAGCAAAUGCAGCUCCGACGACCACUAUGACUGCAGCAACUACUACGACAACUGUAGCUCCAACAACAACUACUUCUGCAGCUCCUACGACAACCUCAACUGCAACACCUUCUACAACUGCAGCUCCUACAACCACUAUGACUGCUGCAGCAACUACUAUGACAACCACAACUGCACCUACUGCUACAACCACAACUGCAGAUCCUACUACAACAUCAGUUGUAGUUUCAAUUCCUACGACAACUGCAGCUACUACGACAACUGUAGCACCUACGACAUCUGCAGCACCUACGACAACUGGAGCACCUACUACGACAACAGCAGCACCUACUACGACCACUGCAGCGCCUACUACAACUGA